AUGGCCAUAGCUUCCGACCCGGAUUCAGACCAUGAUCUCGACCCUCCCCCCACCGCUCACGCAAACGGCUUCUCGUCCUCGUCUCCCCGCCCUGAGCAUUAUGCUUCAGAUCGCACUCCCGUACCUGUCAAGGCGGCUACGCUUGGCACCCCGUACGACCUAGAUCAGCGACAGCCUCGGACGGACGACCGACCCCAUGCCCGCAGCGAGGACCUCAAUCACUCGUCGUCCUGGGCCUCGAAUGAUCCCUCGUUCACUGACCGCGCUCUCUCUCAGUCCCCCGCUCCUCCCUUCAUGGCGUCCAGUCGCCCUGGCACUCCUGGCAGCAGCUCCAAUCACCACCCCCUCCCCCCAUCUUCAUCCGAUCACUCUGAAUCCUCACGGAGCCGCCGACAGAGCAUGCACUCCGACUCGUCUCUAGGUUCUGAAUCUUCUACGCCCGGUGGGAGCCAGCUAGGAGGAGGCUCGACGACGACGCACACCAGCACGAGCGUCGCUUCCACACCAUGUGCGGCUUGCGGCAAAGCAAUGCAGGGCGCGUUUGUACGGGCCCUUGGCGCUGUAUACCACCUCCAAUGCUUCAAGUGUAUGGACUGCGGUACCGUCGUGGCCUCGAAGUUCUUCCCGAUUGACGGCCAAGAUGGGAAGCAACACCCGCUAUGUGAACGGGACUACUUUCGGCGCUUGAAUCUGAUUUGCGCGAAGUGUGGGAUGGCGCUGCGCGGAAGCUACAUUACGGCGUGCAACAAGAAGUUCCAUGUCGAGCAUUUCACAUGCUCGAUAUGUCCGACACUCUUCGGCCCGCAAGACUCGUACUACGAGCAUGAGGGAGACGUAUAUUGUCAUUUCCAUUAUUCGACACGAUACGCAACCAAAUGCGCUGGUUGCAACAGUGCCAUUCUCAAGCAAUUUGUGGAAAUCAACCGGAACUCGCGGGACGAAUGUUGGCAUCCGGAAUGCUAUAUGAUAAAUAAGUUUUGGAAUGUCAAAGUCUCCAGUCGUCGACCUACCAGCCUACCACCGCCGGCGGAGGAUGGCGAGCCUACCCAGCCGACGGAGCCUCCUUAUGUCGAAGAGGAGCGCAUGGAGACGGCGCAAUCUCUACGAGAGAAGCAGAUACGGAUGGAACAGCAGGUGUAUCGGAUAUGGACCGUACUGUCCUCCUUCGAGGAGUCGAGCGCUGCGUGUAUUUCUGAUAUGCUGAGGCAAGUCAGCAAUGGGCAAUACCUGGACGCCAUCCGGAUGGCCGAGAGGUUCAUUUUGCAUGUCGAAGUCCUCUUCGCAACCAUCGACGACCUGGAAUACCAUUUCGCCCGGCUGAAACUCAAAGGCAUGUCGCACGUUCGCGAGGCGAGAAUGCUGUGCCGAAAGACCGUGGAUCUCUUCACCCUUCUAUCUCAUACGCAAGAGACUGGCGCCCGGCGGAUGGGCAUGACCCAGGAGCUGCUCGCCCUGGUCACUGGGCUGGCGCACUACCUCAAGAUUCUCAUCCGUAUCGCGCUCACAGGUGCCUUGAAGCUCGAGCGAGAGCAAGAUGUGCGCGAGGCGAUCACCAACUUCCUGGACAAGCUGCAUAUGCUCGCCAUCCAGGGCAGCAACCCUUCCGCAAGGCGUAUUAUGAAGCGCGCGAAUGGGGAGCUGAUCCCGCAGAGCGAUUCUGGCAACCUUGGGACCCAGGGUGUCACCUACGGUUUCAAGAGUCUUGCGCCGGAGAAUGCUGGCGAAAGCCCUUUCAGCGCCGCACCCAAGGACCCGCUUCUCGCCAAAGUCCCCGUCGUCCACCCCCCAUCGGACCUGUGCAUCAAGUGCAAUCAGACAGUCGAAGAAGAUUGCGUGCGCCUAGGAACGUACCAGCGGUGGCACUCUCACUGUCUCACCUGCCAAACUUGCGGUAAGGCUGCGGCAAUGCCAACAGUUAAAGAACCAAAGGCCUUGGAGGACAAGGAUAAGGACGGCUCGCAGGCCGGCCAGGAGAAGGAAGGCAAACCCAAGGCUUCAACUGCGCGGCGGCCGCCAGCGAACGUCGGCGCCUUCACGUAUGAGGUGGAGUCGGUGAAGGAGACCACGUCUUUCGGCGUCGUGCCGACCGUCAUCCUCUGCACAGAACACGCGCAUGCUGGUUGCCGUGCCGGGUUCCAGGCCGUUUCGCGCUUGGAGCAGUACGCCUUUUUGCUGAAUGUGGCCCUACGGCGGUUGUAUGUGCUGUUGAAGAAGCGAGGCGUCGUCCCUCUGUCUCCCGCUGCAUUGCCAGGACAAGGUCAAUCGCGCGAACCCGACGAGGACCCCUACCGGAACUCCGGCGACAUCAAUCGUCUCCGCUCUGUGCAUCUGGAUCGGAAAUUGUCCUCCACCGCGCGGGUACCGAAGCGGUCAACAAUCGUCGAGAGCCCAGCCGGCAAAGUCGCCCAUGCUCAUCCUUCGGACCUCGCUCACCGUCCGCACGAGGUCACGUCUGGCGCACGCACACCCGCGCCCCAGGUCGCACAGCAUGGGACGGCGCGAAGCCAGAAGGCGCCGCUCAUCCACACUCAGCAGUCGUACUCCCAGCAGCCACAGCGAUCGCUGCCAUCGCCCGGGAUGAUCGACACCAAUGUGGGGUCGCAGGUCAUCCGACCUGCCUUUGCGCGAGGGAACACCGCGAUCAAGAUUGUCGACGAGUCUGGGCCCAGCUCACCCGCAGGCGUCAACCAGGACGAGCAGAUGGUUGGGGGCAUCGAGGACGGCAUCACCCUUGCAGACAUCCCGCAGCUGGUGGAGGCGGCGCAAGCGCGAGAGCAGAGACGGUCGCUGCCCAGCCAGAGCUCGAUACCAUACAUCGGGGACCUGAACCCUCUCCAGCUCGCGAUCGUCAAGCACUGCGCCGUGCUGGUCCUCCAGAGGUCGCCGCUCAGGGAUCAGUUCGAUCUGGACGAGAUCCUUGAGUUGGUUGAGACCAAGAAGAGCUCGUUCUGGAACAAGUUGUUCAAGCCAGGCAACGACAAGAAGAACGUGAAGAAGAAAGGGGUCUUCGGUGUACCUCUGGAACUUUUGGUAGAGCGCGAGGGUGCGGACUCUCUUCUCGGUGCUGGACGCACGCCUCUCCGCAUCCCGAGUUUCGUUGAUGAUGCCAUCUCUGCCAUGCGGCAAAUGGACAUGUCUAUUGAGGGUAUUUUCCGGCGAAAUGGCAACAUCCGCCGCUUGAAAGACCUCACCGAAGCAAUCGACCGUGACGCGUCGUCCGUUGACCUCACGCAGGACAACCCAGUACAACUUGCGGCGCUUCUAAAGAAGUUCUUCCGAGAUCUUCCUGAUCCCCUCAUGACAUUCAAGUUGCAUCGGCUGUUCAUCGCGACUCAAUCGCUUCCAACCGAGCAGGAGAGGAAUCGGAUGCUGCACAUGGUGUCGCUCAUCUUGCCUAAAGCGCACCGCGAUACGCUCGAAGUGCUCUUUGUCUUCUUGAAAUGGGUCGCGUCCUUCGCGCACUUGGACGAGGAGACAGGUAGCAAGAUGGACUUACAGAACCUUGCGACGGUCAUUUGCCCGAGUAUUCUGUACUCCCGUGGACAAAACGCCGUGAGAGACGAAAGUUUCGGGUCGAUUAGGGUCGUCACCGCGCUGCUAGAGAAUCAGGACCAGUUUUACUGCGUCCCUGAGGAGUUCUUGCCCAUUCUCGCAGAUGAGGAAUACUUCGCCAACUGCAUGGAGCUUCCAAGCAGGGAAUUCCUGAAGAAGGUUGACGCAUAUAUGCGCCUCAAGUCGGGUGGCAGGACACCGGGCCUCAUAUCGCCGACUAUCGGCAAUGCGACAUUUAACUUCAAUCCGGGCACACCACGGCCCGAGGAUAUGCGCUCAAUGCCACCAAGGUCAACGCAGUCCAACCCACAAUUCCUGGAUAGGCCCCCCAUGGCCAACCCCACACCAUCUGACAGUGUGCUCCGGAAUGGUCUCUCCCCGCAGCGGCAACAACCUCCACCAAUGCAGCACUCGCCAUUCUCCUAUCCGCCACCAACAGGGAACCCCCAGCCGACAUCGCAGCCCUCGAUGGGUGCCAUUCACUCGCCACAGCCGCGAAUGCCCGCCAACAUGCAGGGCAUGCAAAGCCCGAGCCCGGACUGGGGGAUGGAGCGGCCUCCAGGUGUACAGGACCCGAACAGGCCAUCGUCGCGUCCAUCGUCGUUCAUCAAUACCAGCGUGAACCCGUCAUCGAGGACCAGCAGCGAGAGUCCGCAUCCUUAUGUCCCGAACGGACAGCACCAGCAACGGUAA